GGUAUUAUCUAAUGUUACGAAAAGUAGGAGUGCCAUCAGAUGGAGGAUUCACAAGUGGAAAUUUCAUCACUGUUUUGCAAAGCCCAGUCUAUAGUUUCUUUUGUUAGGAAAUCAUUGUAUUCGGAGCCUUUAAUUAACAGUUUACAAUAGCUGUUCUGAAUAUUCUGUUAUUGUUGCAAAUAUUGAACUAAUUUUCAGAAAUAAGCUGAAACCACCUAUUAUGGCAUUAAGUAUGCAGGUGCCUGAGCUAAGAUGUAUGGAGGUGGAGAAUUACAAGAGAUUUUUUCGUGCCUUGUGCUGGAGUGGCACUAGGGCACAUAAAAAACUCGGAAAGAAGGACAAAAAAGGGAGACUUAAAUCAAAUCCCUUAGCAGCUUGUUACGCACCUGCACUAUUAGGAAACCCUUCUCAGUUUGCUGUGUAUGCAUCAGUACGGAGAUCUAUCCUGUCUAGGUGGAGGCAUCUUCGUUUGAUGUCUGCUGAACAAUCAGACGAUAGUGAUAUUGAUGAUGAUGAAGAUUACAUACCUUUAUCUAAACUGCCCAAAAUUACUGGUAUUGGACUGUGUACAGUAUUCUCCUUGAUAUCUCAAGCUCGUUGCACAGAUGCUCAUUUUUGUGAACAUGCUCUCAAAGCUUUGCUAGAUGUCCUCCAAGGUCAUUCACCUGAAGAGUUGGUUCAAGAACCUUCAGAAAUAAUACAAAACCUUCACGCGAUGUUAAUUGAAGUAGCUAGCAGUCGUGCUUUUGGACGAUCAGAUGUUCCAAACAGUCUGACAGCACUCAGCGCUUCUUGUCUUAUUUCAUUAUCGGUAGCUCGGGGCGAAGCAGAAUUGAUAUUGAACGCUGUUACGUCUUUAAUAAUGUCACCUUCAGCUCUUUCAGAUCAAUACAUUCAGGUAAAAUAUCAGACAGCCAAUUUAACUUUCUGCAAACUUACAUUACAAAUGACUAUUAAUUUUGGAAAACUAGGUACAAUCAUUUGGCAAAAUCAUUGA